UUCUCUUUUUAAGUAGCAUUUUUGAUAAAAUAAAUAAGUUAAGUAUCAAGGGUCAUAAAAAAAUAAGUUUUGUAGCACAUUUUGACCUAAAGUGAAUGAUAGUGACAUUUUGUCUUAUAUUGUCUUUACUCUCUCUCUCUCUUUCUCUUUCCACGGUUUCCUUCCACAGCCAAAAUUUCGAAAUUUUCGGCUUUCCAAGAAAAGUGGUCAAACAAGAAUCUUCCAUCUUGUCUUCACUGGUACACGGUAGCCCAAAAACCCUAGCCUCAUUCUCAAAUAAUUCUCUUCACCAUUCACGCCUUCUCUUCACCAUUCACGCCUCAUUCUCUUGAAUUAUACACGAAAACUAUCAUCAUUCACGCCUAAUUAUACACGAAUUCGUGCAUCUUUCUUCUCUUCAAUUCGUGCAUCUUUCCAUAUAAACAAUUAAGAACCGUGUACUCCAUACACCAUUGAAAAAAUAGAAGAACCGUGCACUCCAUACACCAUGAGCGAUAGUGAUACUCAAUCCGAUUACGAUGGGGAAGAGGCACAACAUAUACAACGUGGAAGUCGCCCGAGUACAUCGAGGAGGGAAAAAUACCCGACGCCGAAUCCGCCUCCGAGGCAUUCUUGGUUACGUCCGUGCAUGCAAGGUUAUGCCGGACGAAUCAAUCACUAUGUAAAGGACACGACACUGAAGGAAGUGGAGACCUGUCUGACGCACUACCAGCGUUUAGAACAAUUUAAGAAAGGUCCGUUUGGGCAUUUACUUCAGUUGAAGAGGCAGGAUAGUGCGAAUGCCGCACUGCACCAUCUUCUUGCACGGGAGUUGUAUGACGAAGCAUUCGGUCCGUGGGAGAAGUGGUUCCACGUUGGUGGACACGACAUUCGAUUCGGCGCAGUGGAGUAUUGUUUGGUGACGGGGUUGUGUUUCGGGCCAUCCCCGCAGCGUUUUGAUCCUAAUGUGGAUCACCGUGUUGGGAAGCAGAGUCUAUGGCACGGAGUUUUGAAAGGCAAGAAGGUGGAAGUGAAGGAUCUGCGGAAGCGGUUCGUUAACCGCAGUCUGGGCAACAGUGCCCAGGAUUAUUUGAAGGCGGCCAAUAUUCUCGUGGCGUAUGAUCUCCUCUUCUGUCGGGAUUAUAAAUACGUGCACGAUUGGGUGUGGGCACUGGUAGAGGAAGAUCAGAAAUGGUCCGACUUCCCGUGGGGCUCUUACUCAUUCCAGGUUUUGUGUCAUGGGAUGAGUGUGUUGAAGAAGCAUCCCAACGAGAUUACCGGUAAUAGGAAGACGUACCACUUCUAUGGGCCCAUAUGGGCAUUACAGAUUUGGUCGUACGAGGCCAUUCCGAGGUUGGGCCGCGCGUGUGGGAUGCGUGACCCGAGGUUUCAGAUGCCACGAUUGGUGAACUGGACGACUUGGAAGUCGGCUUCUGACUUCACCCACUUUUUUGAUGCUCAUGAGGCCGAGUGUCACCGGACACUCGAACCGGUCGAGGAGGAGAAUGAUUCAUGGUAUUUGCAGACCCUGAGGCAUCCAGAGCCUUUUUCUGUACGAUACCAUCCUGGAGGGAAAUAUGCCGGCUUGACAGAGCCAGUUGUACCGGAGCCGCCUCCUCCUGUUAGGCCUCCCCCUGUGCAGAGGAGUAUCUCACGAGCAGAGAUGACUCGUGAGAAGCAGCCUGUCCCUGUCCCGAGGAGUAGCUCACGAGCAGAGAGGGCUCGUGAGAAGCAGCCUGUCCAUGUUGAGCGGCAUAGACAGACGUAUGUUGAUCCGACUGGUAGCCCAUCGAAGCGGCCCAGGCCGCAGGAGUUCGAUGAUUCAGUGCCUCGAGCAGAUCCAGAUGCUGAUUAUUGGAGGCGACGUGAUGAGGACUUGAUUGCCCGUGUCACUGAGAGCGUGACACGGGAGCAGAUCCGGACCGUGAUCCCUGAGGUGCGGCGGGCGAUUGUAGACGACGACUCCGAGCAUGGACUGGUUGCCAAAAUUACACGGAAGGUCGUGGCCGCUGUGAAGGAUAUAUUCGGUGGGCGAUCUUCUUCGAGGAAGCAUAGAUCAUCAUCCAGCCAUGCCAGUCGUCAUAGACACGGGAGUGAGGAGUUGGACCAGCCGAGACCCAGUCACAGACGGUCUACAUCUCACAUUCCUAGUCCUGGGCAUCGGGGUCAUGAGGAUCCGCCUCAUGUGAGCCAUAGGCACUCAGUUGGAGACCUGGAUCGGCAGCAUCGGGGUCACAGUCGAUCACAGCAUGGAGAUGAUCCACCCCAUGCGAGUCAGCGGCGAUCUGCCUCACGUCACAGUGAGAGGGAGGCAUCUAUGAGGCGAUCAGCCUCACAUCGUGGUGAGAGGCAGACAUCUUUGAGGCGAUCUGCCUCACGUCACAGUGAGAGGUCAGCUCGUCAGCGGAGUCCAGUGACGCCUAUGCAUGGAGAGGGAGAUGACGAUGUCCAGUUCAGCUGGACUACUGACGAGGAAGAGGCCCAGGAUGUAGGGCGGCCACGACGCCCGAUUAAGCCGUCUGCUCUUCUACAGAGUCCGUAUGUGACCGAUGGCCCACUUGACACUCCUACGGCAAAGAAGGUUGCUUUCCGCAGAUUUAGAGAGAUGGGCGACGAUGCAUGUGUUGCUGUAGUGGAGACUGGAUAUAUCAUGACCCAGGGUUUUUUUGGGCGUAUUUUGGAUCGUCGGGCUGAGUUCGAUGCUGAGAUUAUAGACCUCUGGAUUUUGAAGCAAAAUCGAAGGAUCAGAGUCAACCAGGAAUAUAUAGUGCAUCGGGCUCGGACUCAACUCCAGCCGGGUAUUAGUCGAGUUAGAACUCCAGUGGCUGCAACCAUUUUAUAUGAUACCCUAUACAGAGAGUAUGGUAUGCUGCAUCCAGAGGAUCCCCAGGGGAAUCAUCCACAACUGCGAGAUGCAUACACACAUUGGAAUGUGCCCUACAAUCUCAUCACAAUGUUCCAGGGCACUGAUGCAGAUCAUACGUGGCAUUGGUUGGAGGCUAAUGAGAUUCUUACUAUUUGCAAUGUCAACGCGAGUCAUUGGUGCACUGUGGUCAUUUCUAUCGAACGAUGGGAGGUUCAAGUGUAUGAUUCUCUGUCACAUGUUGAAGGGAUCACACAACGUCGACAAGCUUCAAUGAGGUGCAUAACUCGUUUGAUGCCUAGAUUGUUGCACACUGUGGGGUAUUGGGAUAACAAUCCCAACAGGUUUGUCCAUGCUGCUGAUGCAGAGAUGGCGUUUGUGAUGAUGCCCCACAACCAGCAAUUUGUGCAACAGGACAGCAUUAGUUGUGGUGUGUAUGCAUGUGCUUACUUAGAUCGUCUGAUAUGUGGAAAACCGAAACGGGAACGGAUGAGAACCAAUAGGGAUGUAGAAAAAUAUCGCUACAUGGUAGCUGUUAGGAUAUGGGAAUUGUGUACCCCAAUUCCCGCUGCUUUGAUUUGAUUAUCAUUUUGUCAUUGAUUUGAUUAUCAUUGUGUAAUUGUCAUUGAUUUGAUCA